AUGGGUGAAGAUAAUCCGCGCAGCCCACAGCAAGAAUCGCCUGGGGUGGAAGAUACAGUACCCACAGAUUCGUUGUCUCCAAGAGCAACGGCGAAUCAGACUGCAUCACGCUUCUCCCCGGUAGUGGAGGAUCUAGAGCCCAAGCCAGCAAGGCCUUCUUACCUCGGAUCAAUGGGCCAGCCAGAUCCUCAAAAGCCGCUCUCCGCAAACAAAGACGAAGAAAGCUGGGUUCCUAACGAGAUGCGGGCACUAUAUUACUCCGCCGCUCCAGCUGUUAAUAAAGCAAUCGCGAAUGGCCUCCCACAGAGUGUCGAUAGCUCCGAUGUUGAUAUUCAAGAAACGGCAAUGCCAACACCGCAUACAGGGCUAGUUCUCGACACGGGAUUUCCAACCCCCCGGCCCUCGGCGAACCAAUAUCUGCUCAAAGUCCAAACGGCGGCGUUCUGUCAAGACGAACUGCGUCUCGCAUCGGAGUUGAAUCCAACAAAGAUGACUCCGCAAAUCCCGCUCCAUAGUCUCUGUGGGACUGUCAUUAGUACCCCGGCACAGGAUCAUGGCCGGCCGUUUGGUCCGAGGUUUAAAAUUGGCGACGUGGUCUUCGGCGUCCUUAGUUACACACGGGAUGGAGGUGCGGCGGACUAUGUCGUUGCAACAGAACGCGAAUUGACUCUCAAACCGAAGAGUAUCACUGCAACUGAAGCCGCGGCUUUAGCUUUGCCGGCUUUGACGGCGUGGCAAGCGCUUUUUCGCUACGCGGGGCUUGAUCCCGACGACCCUCACAAUUACUGGAAGGGGAUGUCCAGUGGAUACAGUAGCGGAAAUGGGAGUGGGAGCGGUCUUGGACUUGGCUCUAGAAAGAGUGGAGCUAGCAGCGGCAAAGGGAGUGGGAGUGGGAGUGGCAGUGGCAGUGGCAGUGGCAGCGGCAGUGGGAGUAGUGGACGCAGUAGCGGCAAGGGGUAUGGAUAUGGCUGGCGGAAGAAAAGCAUUGACUUUAUCAAUAUGCAUGCUUUGAACCGAAACAAAACCGAAACUGGUAAUGGGUCCAUUGGGGGCAUCAGCAGGAGUUCUACGGAGGCGAGCGGAAGCGGAAGUGGAAACAGUUCAAAUUGGCGGAAGAAGAGCAUUGAUUUUAUCCAAGGUCAUACGUUCAACAAUGGGGCCGGGUUCAAAAAGAAGAAGGAUACAACUCUGCGCGUGCUGGUCACCAACGCGCGGGACAGUGAAGUCGGCCGCAUCGCCGUGCAGCUACUUCGAGCAGAGAAACUCUUUUCCUCUGAUACGCGGCCAUGGAUCUGUGUGACUUGCACCUCUGCUGAAGAGAACAUCAUCCGUCAGGGCUGGGAUGUUGAUGAAGUCCUCGUCAUUCCUCAUCUACCUACUCGAGAUGAAUGCGACAUUGGUGCUAUGUUUCGGGCCCUCCGAUUGCAACCUGUGGACGUUGUGCUGGACUGUACUGGUGAUGAAGUCUUUCAAGAAGCACAUUCACCAGCUGUGGUUAAGGAUCACGGCGCUGUUCUGACAGCGGUGGAUCCACGGCCAGCAAAACAGCAGGUCCCUGUGGACGGUCAAGAUGCUCUUCGGCGAAGGAAGCGCGGACUUCGAAGUAGGUUUGUUCCAGUUAAUCCCGAUGCUGCAGCGUUGGGACGUAUGGCGCAAUUAGUUGAUGAUAAUAUGGUUCGGGGCAAUGAAGAACAGGUCAUUGAUCUUGUGCAUGCCAGCAAGCUUCUAGAAGGGAGAGCAUCCGCUUCUGCUGGGAGUCGACGGGGAGCGAUGAUGGUUGUGAGGGUUAAUUAA